AUGAAGCGCCAUACAAGCCCAUAUCUAUGCAUCAAGUCAUUCAUAUGCCUAGCUCGGCUUUCACGCUAUAUAUGGUUUGGGACUCCAUUCCUGGAGCCCUCACCCUUCGUCUUCUCCACCAUGCCGCGCAACUACGACUACGAGAAUGCGACGUUAAAGGACUUACCCAAACACUGGGAUGCCGCAACGAACAGAGUAGUCUCAUGGCUGCCCUCUUUAUCCCGCCCAUAUCCCCUGGAGAACCUUCUCGGCACAUACACACUCGUCGCCGCCCGGAACCAGCCCAAAUCUCUCUGUGAAAACAGUCCCGGCUCCCUCGGGAGCCUCACCCUCGACCUAUACGCCGGCGACCGUCUUUCCUGGGAGAAUAUCUCCGGCUCCUUCUCCCUUGCCAACUCAGCACUUGCAGCGAGCGGCCGCUUUCUCGGCCUCCGUACCCCCGAAGUCAGCCCCUUCGAUCGAGCCUCCUUCAGUGCCACGGGCAUAGCCCGCCCCACUCUCCGCUCCUUUGAGCUCACCACCUCAUAUAUGGGCACGGUUCCACCGACAGGCCAUGGAAUAGAAGUUCUGGACGUAGUCGACCAUAAUGGCCACAAUUAUGUCGCACUAACGUUACAACAUGCGAGUGGUAUUACUGGGUCCAACGGCACGGUUUACCUCGCAAAACGGGUGCCUGCGGGAUCGUGUGGGAACUGGACCAUUCCGAGCGUCAGAAACUGGGUGUGGGGUUAA